AUGGCACCCCUAGCCUCAUACCCCCAGCCAUGGCUGGGAGCUCAUCCUGCUGCAGUUGUGACUCCUGGGAUCAACGUGACCUUGAGUUGCCGUGCACCCCAACCUGCCUGGCGGUUUGCACUCUUCAAACGUGGCCUUGUCACCCCUCUGUUCCUCCGGGAUGUGUCCGUUGAGCUGGCUGAGUUCUUCCUGGAAGAAGUGACUCCGGCCCAGGGGGGCAGUUAUCACUGCCGCUACCGCAAGACAGACUGGGGGCCAGGUGUCUGGUCUCAGCCCAGUAAUGUUCUGGAACUGCUGGUGACAGAUCAGCUCCCCAGACCAUCACUGGUGGCACUGCCUGGGCCUGUGGUGGCCCCAGGAGCCAACNUAAGCCUGCGCUGUGCAGGCCGCAUACCGGGCAUGAGUUUUGCACUGUACCGCGUGGGCGUGGCAACCCCUCUGCAGUAUAUUGACUCUGUGCAGCCCUGGGCUGACUUCCUUUUGAUCCGCACACAUGCACCCGGCACCUACUAUUGCUAUUACCACACGCCUUCUGCCCCCUAUGUGCUAUCACAGCGCAGCCAGCCACUAGUCAUCAGUUACGAAGAUUCCCCAAGUGCUGUAUCAGAAUGUCAUACCAAGAGCAAUCUCAUCCGGCUGGGAAUAUCCGCCGUGUUUCUGCUGUUUAUGGCAGUUUUCCUGGCUGAAGCCUGGUGCAGUUAGAAGGCGUCACUUAACAGACCCAGGCCCUACAGCACCCCAGGGCCACCAUGAAUCAUUGGUCAAAGUGGACGAGCUGCUCU